AUGGCCGACGAGGUCUUCCACACAAUCGACCCCAACGGAGACGUGUUGCUCAUCCUCCGCAGCCCAAACGCGCCGUUUGCGGUUUGGAAUGUAGACAAGGGAACCGAAUCUCUUGCGUCAAAGCGGAUAGGCUGGGAACAGGCUGUCUCGGAGUCCUUCGACCCUCCACCGCCGACGGAUGAUCUAGACGGAUCGGAUUUUGCAACCCACAGCAUCUCGACGAAGAAAAUGAAGAAGGGGAAGAAGAUGAAGAAGAAACCAGGGGGCCGUGAUUCGUCGCUCUGCAUCACCAUGGCAUCGGGCUCGACCUCGACGGAUGCCCUGUCCUGGUCCCAGAAUGAGUCGCAGCAGCUAUCAGAAGCUGAACCGCCCGGCCCGCCGCCCCCAGACCCGCCCGCAGACCCAGAGGAAGAGCCCGCAGAGUCAGGAAAAGAGACCGAGAUCAAAUAUCUCGUCUCGUCGCGGCAUCUUACGCUGGCAUCAACCAAAUUUGAAGCCGAGUUUAAAGGUCCUUGGAUGGAAGGCUCCGUGAAAAACAUCGACGGCCAUUACCCCAUCAACGCGUCGGACUGGGACCCUGAUGCACUUCUAAUAUUGAUGCGCGUCUUCCACGGGCAAACGAGAAGUGUUCCACGUCAUAUUGGUCUUGAGAUGCUGGCAAAGAUUGCUGUUCUUGUCGACUAUUACGACUCUCCCGAGGUUGUUGAAGUUUUUGCAAACAUUUGGAUUGGUGCGCUCAAGAACAAGCUUCCCACCCAAUACGGCCGAGACAUGGUCCUGUGGCUCCUCAUUUCACACGUUUUUCAACAAGACGACGUCUUCUCCCAAAUGACCAAGAUAGCGGUCAUCCAAAGCACGGAGCCGUUGCCGACCUUGGAGCUUCCGAUUCCGUCGAUCGUAACUGACCUGAUCGACUGGCAGAGACAAGAGGCAGUCGAUUUCAUAUUCAAGACUCUUCAGACCCUCUUGGAGGCUUUCCGUAAGGGGUCGUCUGGAUGCAGCUUUGAAUGUUCCAGCAUGCUCCUCGGGGCCUUAACCAAGGAAAUGGAUAGGCACAAGUUGUUGAAUCCAGUCCCGAAGGAGCCAUGCACAGGGUACUCUAUUCUCGACACCGAGAAGAUGACGCUGACCCAGAAACGAAGCCCCAAGACGGAAGACAAGAAGGAGAAUGCUUAG